AUGACUAUCCCAGCUAACAAUCUCAGGGCUCUGCAUGGCCGAACAUAUCAUGCAUUUUGUGAAGGGAAAUACCUUUUGCUGAAUGAUGAGCCGGAGAAAGAUUGGAUGGACAUGAUGCACCGGAUAUAUGAAGAGACCUUGAGUGAACUAUUUCUUGCUUCCAUAAGUGGUAGCCCUCACCAUAUUCUUGAUAUGGGAAUGGGAACAGGUAUCUGGGCAAUUGAAUGUGCUGAGUGCGUAAAUCAGAAGCCGAUGUCCAUGGGAAAUGACUUGAGCCCAAUCCAACCUACUCUUGUUCCAUCAAAUUGCAUUUUUGAGAUUGAUAAUUUUGAGAAAUGGGAAUUGUCAUACGAAUUUGAUCUCAUCCAUGGGUGUGAGUUGGAUGGUUCAAUCUUCAACUGCAAAGAACUGUGCAGAGGAACUUUCAGGCAUUUAAAACCGGGUGGAUACUUUGAACUCAAAUCACUUGAGCAUGGCUUCUUCUCAGAUGAUGAGACGCAUAAAAAAGCUGUACACGCACUUGAAUGGCAAGAGCAUAUCAUAGAGGGCCGAAAUAAGCUGUUGAAGCCUUUCUGCAGAGCAACUCUCUGCACACAGGGGAUGGGAGAAGCUGGCUUUGUCAAUAUCCAAAUUCAAAGAUUCAAGAUUCCAAUAGGGCCAUGGCCAGAAUGCAAUAAAUUGAAGCUGUUGGGCAGUUUUGCUUGUCAGGAUAUCCUGAAAGGACUAGAAGCAUUUUCACUUCAGGUUUUCACUCGGGGCCUUCAAUGGUCAAUGGAUGAGUUGCAAGUAUAUCUGGUGCAAGUGAGAAAUGAUCUGAAAAGAGAGGAACUUCACAUAUACCGCGAAUUAUAUGUGAUAUACGGGCAAAAGCCGAAGGCGAAAGAGUAGAGAAGAAUGCAUAUUUGAACCUAUCAAUUCCCUUCUAGUUCUUUGCAGAAAUCGCAGAGGGCGCACUAUAGACCAUUAGCAUAGCAUCGCGACCCCCGGAUAAGAAGUCCUACUUUCCUUCAAGGCCAGUGGAACUAGGCCUUAGAUCAAUUUGAACAUCCAGGAAAUAGAGCUGGCUUGUUCUAGAUGUAUUGUAUGCCAUCUCCAACCUCUCGGGGCCACAGAUGCCCCGCGCUACUGCACAUACAUCGGACACAACACUAGCCGGCAUGCGAAAUUCUGGGGCAUGGAUUGAAUUGCAUGCAUAACAUUUUUCUGUCCUAGGAGCCCAAUAUAAUCUCUCAUAUCCCUAGUCGGUAGUGUUCAUUAUAUAAUGGCAUUAUUGAUCCUGCGCAAGCUGUACCGGAGAUGUGAUUGGGAAAUCUUAUAGGGCAGCGAAGUAUAAAGAUAUGCCUUUGGGUCUGCUUUUCUGACUGACCUCUGCUCUGAUUCCUUCAUGGAAAGUCUUCCAUCUCUUCUCUCUCAUGGAUUCGGACACCCGGAGUUAUUCUCCAGCGGUGAAAUUUUGCCUGCUGUUGUUUGUUCUGCUUCCCUA